GAGGAAGAGGAGGAGGAGGAGAGACACCCGGCACCUGUGGCAACGACAACGGAGAGGGCGCUCUGUGCGGCGGGAAGAGGACAGGAUGGGGGGGGCGCCGAGGGAGCGCACAGUGGAGGUGUAUCAAGUGGGCCAGGAGGAGGAGGAGGAGGAGGAGGCGGCGGUGGCGGCGGCGGGUUUGGCGUUGGAGCACUGCAGUGAGGAGCACAACUACUCCCUGAGCCAGGAGGAGGAGGUGGGACCCGCUCACAACACCCAGACGGAGGGGGUGCGGGUCGGGGAGGAGGCGCAGCAGGAGGAGAGCCAGGCCAAGAAUGAGCUAGAUGCCGAGGAGGAGGAAGAGGAGGAGGAGCAGAAAGAGGAGGAGGAGGAAGAAGAAGAGGAGGAGGAGGAGGAGGACGACGACGACGACGAAGGAGCGGAGGAGACGGCGGCGGAGGCCGAACUCUCCAGCUCCUCAGAAACUGAAUGUGAGGUGGAAGCCGAGCCGGCGAGCCAGCCGGGCGAGCGUCCGGCGAAGCGUCGCUGUUUCUGGGAGUACCGACGAGCCCGAGAGUCGGCCACGAAGAAGAAACUGGGCGGAGACGUCCACUGGUCUCUGUCCUGGAGCUCCAGCACUCUACCCAGCACGCUGUACCGCCGAGAGGGCAAAAAAGGGCGCCGCAAAGCCCGCAAGACAGACGCCAGCGACCUGACACCAAACCCCCAGAAGCUCCACAACAUCGGGGAGCAGCUGCAGAAGCUCAACGCCGCCAUCGACGGCAUGGGCCCGGUCAACGACCUGCCCGCCGUGGCCCGAGCCCGGUCCCGCAAGGAGAAGAACAAGCUGGCCUCCAGAGCCUGCCGGCUGAAGAAGAAGGCCCAGCACGAAGCCAACAAGAUCAAGCUGUGGGGGCUCAACCAGGAGUACGAGAACCUGCUGGGAGCUCUGCUGCAGAUCAAGGAGGUGAUCCGACUGCGGGUGGAGAGCAGCGAGGAGGAGGACACGGACGAGCGAGGGAUGACCCAACGUCUGGAGGACAUCCUCCGAGAGUCCAGCGGUCCUUUAGUCGCUGGGCGGACCAAAGACUUUGUGCAGAGGAUUUUGGCGGCCAGCGCGGGCGGUCCGAACCAACGCAAAGAGCCCCCCCCGCAGGGAGGUGAUGAGGCGGCGGGCUAAACUCACCCGUCGUCUCCCCCAACCUCCUCCUCUCCCCCGUCUCUUUCCACGCCUCCUCCCUCCCAGCACCACCAACCAACUGACCACGCUCCUCGACGAUGUACACACUCGAGUAUAAGCAAAGAGGGUGGAGAUGCUGGGAAGAAGAAGAGGAAGGAGGAGGAGGAGGAGGAGGAGGAGGAGGAAGAAGGAGUAGCCUAAACAAAAUGGCAGUAAAUUGCCACCCUGCUCCUGGUCGUCUGCUGUUGGCCCUCCAAACCGUCUUCACCGCUCCGUCUCUGCAGGCUGCACCACAACCACCGCCAGGCCAGAUCUGCUGCUGCUGCUGACGUCUCUGUGUUCUGUCCGUCUGUCCGUGUGUGUGUGUGUGUGUGUGUGUGUGUGUG